AUGAUAGUGCAGCGUCUUGUUCCACGGUAUGCACAUACUUCAGGUCUUACAAGAGUUGCAUAUUCUUUAGAUGGGGUUUUUUUGAUGACAGUUGGCUCUAAUCAAGUAAUUCGGAAAUUUACAGUGGAUUCAGAUGAUGAACCAGUAACAAUUGAGCAUCAUCAGGAUUCAAUUACAGGAAUUUCAAUUUCUAACAGACAAUUUGCAACAUGUUCAGAAGAUGCAACAGUUAGUUUAUUUUCUCUUAAAACAAAUGAAUGUUUAACAAUGCUAACACGAUGCUCUUUGCCAAUAAGAGAUAUUGCUUUUAGUCCAGAUGGGGAUUGGCUUGCUGUUUGUAGCGACGAGAUGCGGGUAAAAGUUGUUAAUACAACGGACUAUUUGCGUAUUCUACAUCUAUCUGGAUUUUCUAAACCAGCCAAACAUGUAUCGUUUAAUCCUAGUAGUAAAUUUGUCUCUGUCUCAUGUACGGAUGGUAUUGUCUAUAUUUUUUCUUUUACUAGCGAAGAACCAAGUCUUAUUCAUACAAUGGAUCACGUUAUUCCCAUAUGUGACUCAGAUUCUGAAGUAUGUUCAAAAGUGAUAUGGCAUCCGGACUCUGAGUCGUUUGCUGUACCUACUCGUAUCAAUGAUAUUACGGUAUUUUCUAAAUCAUGGAGAGAAAGAAUGUCAUUUAAGAGUGGACAUUUAGAUGCAAUUACAGAUAUUGCAUGGUCACCGAAUGGUGCAUAUUUAUGUAGUUCAGGAAAGGACGGCAAACUUUUAAUAUGGGAAGUAAAAACACAAACCAUUAUCAUGAGAAGGCAAGAGUAUAAGAAUGUAAUUUCACUUGCAUGGCAUCCAAGGGCUAAUGUUUUAUCAUUUACUACUAAUCAAGGCCAGUUAUAUACCUUUCCAAACGUUAUUCCAUCAAAUUAUCAAGAACCAUAUGGCCGGAUCACUCAUCUAACUCCUUUAUUAAAUGAAGAAAGCAUAAAAAGUCCUAUUAGCAAAAAAAGAUAUAUUAAUGAUUUUAAUAAAAGAGAAUUAAGUGAUGAGGAAUUAGUUGAUAUUGGCCAUGAUACUAGUUGGAUUGAAGAUGAUGAUGGUGCAGGAUAUGUUUCAAAAUAUAAAUAUGACGAAAAUGGAUAUAAGAAAUCUAUUGGUGAUAUUUCAGAUGAUGAUUUUUAUUACGAUACAAAAAGAACUAUGAAUAGCUAUAAAGCUAAAAUACAUACUCCUUUUCAACCAGGAAGUACUCCUUGGAGAGAGAAAAGGCGUUAUCUUGUGCUUAACCUCAUUGGAUUUAUUUGGACUGUUGAUCAAGACACUCAUAAUACAGUUACCGUGGAAUUUUUUGACAAAGAACUCUAUCGUCAAUACCAUUUCACUGAUAUUUUUUUUUAUGAUAAGGCUUGUCUUAAUGAUAAUGGUGCACUGUUUGCUAGUUCAAAUAAAAAAGGGAACUCUGCAGUUAUAUUUUUUCGACCUCAUGAAAACUGGGCUGCUCACGCUGAUUGGAAAAUAGAAUUUUCUUCUGACGAAGAUAUUUUAUCUAUUUCAUUAAGUAGUUCAAAUAUUGUUGCAUGUACUUCGAAGGGUUAUUUAAGAUCUUAUACAUUAAAUGGAAUUCCUCUUCGAAUUUACCGUCAAAAGUAUUUUCCUGUUGUAACAUGUAUAUCAUGGAAAAACUAUGUGAUGGUAGUUAAUAAUGGUCCAUUAAAUUCUAAUGGAACAAUAUCUUUGGUAUAUACUCUUGAACAUAUUUUACAAGAUGAUACAUUACAAUCAAAUGAUUUAUUACCACUUCCACCAAAUGGGCAUUUGCAAUCAAUAUUUUUUUCUGAUCAGGGUGAUCCUAUGAUUUUUGAUUCGGAUGGAAUAUUACUUGUUUUGUUACACUGGAGAGUUCAUGGUCAAGCAAAAUGGGUUCCACUUCUUGAUACAAAUCUUAUGGAAAGAAAAAAAGGAAAAAAUGAAUCGUAUUGGCCUAUUGCAGUAGCUAAUCAAAAAUUCUAUUGUAUUAUAUUAAAAGGAAAUGAACAAUACCCACAUUUUCCUCGUCCUAUGUUUAGUGAAUUUGAUUUUUCUGUACCUUGUAUUAUACCAACUGAUUCAGGAGAAAUUAGCAACAUAUCUGCAUUAGAAGAGAGACAUGUCAGAGAGUCUAUUUUAUUAACUCUUUUAGAAGAUACUAUAGUUUCAUCUGCUGGAAAUUCGUUAAAAUUAGAAAUAUCAAAAAGAGAGGCCUCAAUUGAUAAAAUUCUUCUACAAUUAUUACAAAUUGCAUGUAAAGAAGAUCGACAAGCUAAAGCAUUAGAACUUGCAACACUUUUACGCCUUCCAGUAAGUCUUGAAGCAGCACGUAAAGUUGCCGCGCACUACAUGAAAACAAACUUAACAGAACGAAUUACUGCUUUAGCGGAAGAAUCAAUAACAUAA